ACGCGCUGCGGGGCUGUUAGGCUCUGCCGGGCACCGGCUUCUCCGUGGCGCUUCCUGCCACGCCAGGCCUGCCUGGGCUUUCCCAGCGCCGCUCUGCCGAGUGUUGCGCGACGGCCGCCGCCAGGCGUGGGUGGGGCCUUACCUGCCAGUCUGAUCCCUUGGAGUAGCUCUGAGCCAUGAUGAGUCAUCCGUGUGUGUCUCUUUUGGGUCCACCUACUCCCCAAGGUCUUGCCCUUCCCCAGGAUGGAGCCCCAGGAAACCAGGUCCUGGCAGUCCCUCUUGAGAUGCCAGAGGCCCAGCAUGACACACAGCAGAGUAUGAACCCCAGCUGCUGCCUUCCUGCCCUCCCACUGCUUCUCUCUGGAGGCUGCCAAGGAUUGGAUGUCCACUGGGCUUGGAGUUCCCAUCAUCCAGGUGUUCCUGUUUUGAACCCUGCCUUGGCCCCUCACCUGGCACAGGGACAAGUGCUGUUGGUAUCAGACCCAUCGCCCAGCACAGAUCCAACUAAGUACUCUGAAAGCACCUCCACUACCCGACACCAGAUGAUGGGGGAAGACACCCAGCCACAGGAGAUGGCAUCCACAAGUUCCCCAAGGGCCAGUGACCCCAGUCCUGAAGUCAAACAGCAUGGAGACUCUGACAGGAAGAGAGGGAGCCCACAGAAUCUGCCCAUAGAACAUCCUUUUGCUUGUAAAGAGUGUGGGGACACCUUCCGGCUUAAAGUCCUGCUUGUCCAGCACCAGAGAGUCCACAGUGAGGAGAAGGGCUGGGAAUGCGGUGACUGCGGUAAGGUCUUUAGGGGGGUGGUGGAGUUCAAUGAGCACAGAAAGAGCCACGUAGCUGUGGAGCCCCGGCCCGGCCCCAGUAGGGCCCUGGAGAAUGCCACGGAGAAGAGGGAGCAGAUGGAGAGAGAGGCCAAGCCCUUCGAGUGUGAGGAGUGCGGGAAGCGGUUUAAGAAGAACGCAGGCCUCAGUCAGCAUCUGAGGGUCCACAGCAGAGACAAGCCCUUUGAUUGUGAGGAGUGCGGGCGGUCCUUCAAAGUCAACACCCACUUCUUCCAACAUCAGAAACUUCACACUUCGGAAAAGCCUUUUGCCUGCAAGGCGUGCAGCAGGGAUUUCCUGGAUCGCCAGGAGCUUCUCAAGCACCAGCGCAUACACACCGGCCACCUGCCCUUCGACUGCGACGACUGCGGCAAGUCCUUCCGAGGGGUCAACGGGCUGGCCGAGCACCAGCGCAUUCACAGUGGGGCCAAGCCGUACGGGUGUCCCCACUGCGGCAAGCUCUUCCGAAGGAGCUCGGAGCUCACCAAGCACCGGCGGAUCCACACCGGCGAGAAGCCCUACGCCUGCGGCCAGUGUGGCAAGGCCUUCCGCCAGAGCUCCAGCCUUCUGGAGCACGCGCGCAUCCACAGCGGCGAGCGGCCCUAUGCGUGCGGCGACUGCGGCAAGGCCUUCCGCGGGCCCUCCGACCUCAUCAAGCACCGGCGCAUACACAGCGGACUGAAACCCUACGAGUGCGACAAGUGCGGCAAAGCCUUCCGCAGGAGCUCCGGCCUCAGUCGCCACCGGCGGAUCCACAGCGGGGCACGACGCUGCGAAUGCAGUCAGUGUGGCCGCGUCUUCAAGAGGCGCUCGGCGCUGCAGAAGCAUCAGCCGACGCACCACGAGUAGAAACACCCUGCGGAACAGGGACUGGGUCCCCAGAGGUGGAUGGCAGAGUCAGAGGAGAUGAACAGUUUUGUAGCGCUUAUAUAUUUUGUCUUCCGAAAGGUUGAAACCGAUUUACACUGCCACCAGCAAUUUAUAAGUGUACAUUACGCCCAUCGAGAGUAACUUAGCUUGGCUAGUUUAACUGGUAGGAAGUACCAUCAAGGUAUUUCAGUCUACAUGCCUUGAAACCAAGAAUGAGAAAGGACAAAUCUGAAUGUGGGGUUGGGGCUUAGAGGUCAUCGACUCCAACCAAGCUCCCCCUGACCCAGAGAAACACACAAAGCUGUUCCACGAUGGCGUCCUUAUAAUGUGAUCCCAGCUUCCUGAAGACAAGUUGCCCUCACGUUUUUUUUGCCUACUUGAAUUUAUAAAUUUUGGGGGAUGUAAACAGAGCACUCAAAUGUCUUAAAAUAUUUAAUUUAUUAAUUUAGUUAUACAUACAUAUCGUAAAUCACAUAUAUAAAAUAAUAUAUUAAUUUAGAAAAUGCCCCGUUUUGCCACCCUCCCUUUCACGAAAUCAUUUUACUCUGACUCCUCACUGUCUUCACUAGCAUGGGAUCCCUGUUUGAGUCAUCAGACAGUUUCAAAACAUCCCGUCGCUUCCAUCCGAGCUCUGUGCAAUAGCUCAGUGACAGUCCCUAAGUGAGGUUCUCAUUAGAAAUUUUCUCCCAAGUCAUAAGACCAUAUUCACAGAACAUUAGGACGAUUUAUCUUGUCGUUUUUCAUCUGUGCUGUGACUCUGAAACAUAACCACUUAAGGUGGUGCUUUUUCAGACAACCUUUUCAAGCAUCCAAAAUGUCAUUGUGAGGCCAAACACCUGGUAAUAGUUACUGA